AUGACGCUCUUCAGCACCAUCAUGCUCUCCCUCCUGGGGUUCGGUCUCGCCUCCUCCAUCACAGAGCUGGGUAUGGUCGCCUACGGCGUCUGGUUCUACGGCCAAUCCGUCACCUACGAGUACUACUGCGGCUACUCGAUCUGCGACGAGACUGUCAAGGGUCACGUCCCCGAUGUCGUCUCCUUCCUCAUGUUUGCUGCUGUCUGGUCCACUCUCGUCACUGCCGUUGCCAUUGGUCUUCCUCUCUGGUACCACACGCGUGACGGCCACCACCACAACAAAUGGCUUGCUCCAACUUUGAUUGUGCUCUACUUCUUGACCUGGGUGUUCUGGUUGGCCGGUUUUGCUUACUUGGCUUAUCUUAUUGGAUCAAAUGGCACUGGUAUUAUCGCCGCUAUUCUCGCUUUUGCCAUCAUCAACUGGCUCCUAUACACGGCCAUUUUCAUUUUCAGCUUCCUGGCCAUCUUUGACGUCAUGCAGGGUGAAUGGCCCGGCUACCUCGUCAUGAAGGGACGCGAUUCCAGCGCUGGUCCCGCCGCCAACGAAACGACUGCUUAUAGUGGUGCUCCCGCCGAACCCAAGUACGAGGGCAACCAUGAACUUACUGCUUAG